AGAGGCUUGCGAGAAAGGGAGACUGAUGAAAACGACCAUGUGAAGCUUGCUUAGGAGGUGGGUCGUGGAAGAGAUCGGCCAUUCUGCAGCGGAGAUGAAAAUGGCAAAAGUAGGGUGGAAUUUGGGGAAGGCGAGAUAGAGGGAAGGCACCUGAGUUCGUUCUUUCUUUCUUUCUUCUUCUAUUCGUAUUUAAUUUUUUUUAUAAUUAUAAAAAUGCCCCUGCCAUGUCACUUUUGGUGCGCAAUCGGCAUGCGGAAUUGCCUUUUACCUAGAAGAACUGUUUCUCAGUACAGAAAUUAAACGCAAUUAAGAUUUUGUUUUGUACACCGUGACUCCGUGAGUCGCAGAUCUCUCGUUUUCCCGAAAUUUCUAAUAAUGGCUGACCCUCCUGCAACCCCAGAACCCAAUCAUUCACAACCCGAACCCGACACCCCCAAUCCCUUAUCAAGCCAACCCGACUCGGCGCCCGCCUCCUCACCACCACAACCGCAAUUGUCGAUUCCGUCGUCCCCACCUAUCACUGCUAAACCUACUUCAAACACUCCCGCUCUAGCCUCUGCGUUUCCACCGCCGCCGCCUCCACCGCCUCCAUCGUUGCCUAUGGUCUCCUAUGCGCCGACUCAUGUCUCCGGCGGAGCCAUGGCACCUUCAUUCCGGCCGGUCCCGCAGUUCUUGUCUAUGCCGAGUCCCGGUUUGACUAACCCCAAUUACCAGAACCCUGGCGGGGUUCAUCCCCCUGGUGUGAGCAUGGCGGUGAGUGGUGGCGUUGGGGCGGGUCCGAUGUCUGUGCCGCAGCCGAUGCUGCCUUAUCAGUUUCCGCCGGGUCAUCAUCCGAGACCCUACCCGCCGCCGAUGCCAAAUGGGUACCCAGCGGUUCCUCCGGGUACUAUACCUCCUCCCGGACUUUCUCGUUAUCCAUCUCCAUACACACCUAUGGUUCGUUCUCCAUUUCCUCCACGCUCUCCAGGAGUGAUUAAUGGCCUUCCAGCAGUGUCACGCCCCGCAAUUCCAGGGGUUCCUAGAGUUCCUUGCCCCAUUAUACCCCCUGUUGUUAUGCCAAUUAUUUCUAUGGUUACACCAGCUGAGAAACCACAAACAACAGUUUACGUUGGUAAGAUUGCAUCAACAGUGGAAAAUGAUUUUAUCCUGUCUCUCCUUCAGCUUUGUGGACCCAUCAAAAGUUGGAAACGUGCUCAAGAUCCCACAGACGGGACUCCUAAAGGAUUUGGGUUCUGUGAAUUUGAGUCUGCUGAGGGGGUUCUUCGUGCAUUGCGUCAACUUAGUAAAUUUAAUAUUGAUGGGCAAGAAUUGGUGUUAAAUGUUAAUCAAGCAACAAAAGAAUAUCUGGAACGGUAUGUUGAUAAACAAACUGAAAUCUCAAAGAAACGUAAAGAUGCCCAAGCUGCAGAGCCCGAGGAAGGGGAAGAAACUGCAGUAAAUGUCGGGGAGAAUGAACAUCUGAAGUUCUCUGUAGAGGACUCAAAUAAAGAGGAAAGUGGUUUGGGGAACAAGGAAAAUAAUGAUUUUGCUAGUUUUGGAAUUGUAACUAAUGAGGACAAGGAAGCUGACCGAGUGGCUUUGGAGAAGCUUACAAGCAUGAUAGAGGAGAGACUAAAGACCAGACCUCUGCCUCCUCCCCCUCCCCAUCCACAAGCAACUGGUGACGGCCCUGGGAAUUCAAAAUCAGAUGUACCUGCUAAAUCAAGGGAUGGAGACUCUGAAAUGAGAAACGAUGCAGCUGAAGAUAAAAAUGAUGAUGAGAUAACUAGUGAAACCAAAAUGGCUAGUGAGCAUGAUAGGCCUGAAACAAGUUCACCUGAUAGGAGUAGAAGGUAUGAUAGGAGAAGCAGAGAUAGAGACCGAGAGCGGGAUUUGAAAAGGGAGAAGGAGCAGGAGAUUGAAAGAUAUGAAAGAGGAACACAGCGAGAGCGAGUUAGGAAAGAAAGGGAGCAAAGAAGAAAAAUUGAGGAGGCUGAGCGUCAGUAUGAAGAGUGUCUUAAAGAGUGGGAGUAUAGAGAAAGAGAGAUAGAGAAACAGCGGCAGUAUGAGAGGGAAAGGGAAAAAGAGAGGGAACGUAAACGGAUGAAGGAGAUAAAAACUGAUGAAGAUGAUGAGGAUGGUGAUUCGAGAAGAAGGUGGCACCGGAAUAUGUUAGAGAACAAGAGAAAGAGGAGGCUAUGGGAAAAGGAAGAUGACUUGGCCAAUAGGUAUAAUGAAGAGGAAGAAAUUGCUAAGGCAAAGAGGAGAGCUGAGGAACAGCAAGAGAAGCAACAGAAGGAUGCAUUGAAGGUCUUGUCCAAUAAUGUAACAAAUAAAAUUGCAAAAACUGUGUUGACUGAAGCAUCCAGUACUGAAAUAAAAGAUAAUAUUCUUGAAGAGGGUUAUGAAGGUGCUUCUGCUUGCGAGAGCCAUAUAGGUGAAUCGAUUGUACAGAAUGGUACUGGUGAAGAAUCAACCAUAUCGUCAAUUGCUGCAUCAGAUACACAGCAUGCUGGCAAUGCCCCUGCAAAGAAGUUGGGGUUUGGUUUAGUUGGCUCUGGAAAACGAACUGGUGUCCCUUCUGUUUUCCACGAGGAGGAUGAUGAUGCACGUAAAGAAAAAAAGAUGAGGCCCCUUGUCCCGAUUGAUUACUCAACUGAGGAACUGGAGGCUGUCCAACCUAUCAUUCCUGGGGCACUGUCGCCAAAUUUGGCUGCAGCAGCAGAAUUUGCAAAGUGCAUAUCAAAUGUUAAUCCCAAAGACGAUAAGCCUGAUGUAGAAAGGGAAAUAAGUAGACGUUUUAAUCACAAGUUGAGCCAGCGGGGUAGGGACCAGGGUGAUGAGAAUGUGAAUCACACCAGAGUUGACAACAAGGAGAAGAUUCUUGACCGGGAGCAAGGGCUGGAUAAAAUGAAUACACCAGAUAACAAGAAGCUUACGAGUUUAAAGCAGUUGAUAGAUAUGAUACCAAGGACCAAGGAAGAGUUAUUCUCACAUGAGAUUAACUGGGCCGUGUAUGACAAGCAUGGGCUGCAUGAAAGAAUGAGACCAUGGAUUUCGAAGAAGAUUGCUGAGUUUUUAGGAGAGGAAGAAACCACACUGGUAGAUUACAUUGUAUCCAGUACUCAAGAACAUGUGAAAGCAUCUCAAAUGCUGGAACUGCUACAUUCUAUUUUAGAUGAUGAAGCCGAAAUGUUUGUUCUCAAAAUGUGGAGGAUGCUCAUAUAUGAAAUUAAGAGGGUAGAGGCAGGCCUUGCUUCAAAGUGAAAACUAUUAUGAGAUUUGUGUUAUUUGAUUGUUGCUUUGUUGCUGCAGGUUCAGUAUCAGUAAGAGAUUCUCGAUUUUGUUUUGUUGCUCCUAGCUGAAAUCAAUGAAAAAUGGACAUUUGUUAUCAAGAGGAAAAGCCAGUUUGAUUUCUUAUGAUUUAGGCGCAGAAGAUGUUAAUUGGAGAUAGAUUGCUGUACAUAUUGAAAAGGAUGCUUUAAAGGGUGUGUUUUCUGUUUGUUUCUCCCUCAACCAAUUCGAUAAUGAGAAUGGGGUUCAUCCAUAAACUCAUCUGGACACUUUUGACA